CUGGAGAACAGUCUUGGGAAAAAAGAGCUCUGACUUUGCUGCAGUCUCCUUCUUUGUAUUCAGUGACAUGGAAUCCAUUUUGAACAACGAGAUCCGUAAAGAUGGCGUCAAGCAGUUGGAGGCAACUGAAGGAACAGGCUGGUUAAACUCCAAAGUGGUAACAGCCAGAAUCAGUAACAAAGCAGCCAGCCACGCCCUGACAGAAAUGGUCAAUUUUACACUGAAACUUAACCAGGAUACCAAAGAUCACGAAAAGGCCGAAUGCAUUUAUUUGAAGAUAACAGAAGGGGGAAGUUUCUGGUCCUCUGAGGGCUGCUUCCUGAUUAGUUCCAAUGGAAGCUACGUAGUAUGCCAAUGUAACCAUCUGACGAGCUUUGCUAUUUUAAUGUCUCCAAUUGAGAUCGAGGAAGACUGGUCCUUGCUGCUGAUCUCCACUGUUGGGCUCACAGUAUCCCUGCUGUGCCUCGCCGCCUCCAUCGUUGUGUUCACCAAAUGCCGCUGCAUCCAAAAGGCCAGCAUCAUCGUGUACAGGCAUCUGAGCAUCAGCCUCUUCUUAGCACAGUUCAUCUUCCUGACAGGAAUCCAUGUGACCAACAAGGUGGUGUGUGCCCUGGUUGCAGGAUGCCUACAUUACUUCUUUCUAACUGUCUUUGCCUGGAUGUUCCUGGAUGCUUUGCAGGUUUUCAUUGUGUGCAGACACCUCACAGUCACAAAGUUUACCCACACAUACGUCAUCAGACGAAGAUACCUGUAUCCCUCCGGCUAUGCUGUCUCUGCACUGAUUGUAAUUAUAUCAGCAGCGAUCCGUCCCUAUGGCUACGGAUCAGAAAAAGACUGCUGGCUGAGCCUAGAGUGGGGCUUUCGAUGGAGUUUCCAAGGGCCAGUCUGCCUUGUGAUUGUGGUGAAUAUGGUGUUGUACAUCUGGACACUCUGUUUACUAAGACAUCAUUUGACCACACGUGACAUGAAUGUGUCAAAGAUUAAAGACACCAUGACUGUGACCGUUAAGGCGACUGUGCGGUUGUUUGUCCUGGGAUUCACUUGGAUCUUUGGGAUAUUUAAUAUCAACAAAAGCACCUUCUUCCUCUCCUACCUAUUCACUGUCAUCAACACUCUCCAGGGCCUCUUUAUUUUCUUGGUCUACUGUGUUUCCAAUCGCCAGGUGAGGGAUGAAGUUCGGAAAUGGUUCAUCAAGUCAAGCACAGACUCAACCAGAAACACCUCAAAUGUUCAGAUGAGUUCUCUCGAGACAAACACAACGUAACCCUCCUGAGGAGUCCAGAGGUGACAGCGAAAAGACCAUCCUUGGUUUGUGUAUCUGUGUCUCUAUCUCUGUCUGUCUAUGAGUACAGCGUGUGCAUUGUUUAAAAAAUUGCAUUUGUGUUUUGUUGGCUUUUCUAGCUUUGCCAGGCAAGUUAUUUUGUUUCGUCGCACAAGUUGUUGCUUUUUCUUCAUUCUUUCAUAGGACAUGGGCUUCAAUGGUAACAUCCCACAGACACAUGUAUAUGUAAACAAUAUACACACAUACAGUCACAUACAUAUAACAAACCACAUACACAGCCAUCAGAGACAUUGAUAUAACAGAUACACACAAAACACUCACAUAUGUAAACAUUGAUGGUAUUGAUAAUAAUGCUCACACUCCCACCUUACCCUGGUUGAUUCAGCGCUAACGACAGCCACAUUUGGUUUCUGACUUGUUUGCUUUACCUCCAAUGUCUCUUUGCAAGCUGAAUGAUAAUAAGGUGUAUUAUAUAUACUGCUCUGACA